UGCCAAGUUGAUUCCUGCGCGUCUCUGGUGUUGGAGCGGUGCGUAAAAGGAGGAGGAUGGAGGGGAACCUCAGCCUGGAGGUCAGAGACUAUAACAUCAGCUGCCAGAACGGCUCCGUCCUCCCGAGACCAGGCAGAGGAGUCAAAGAGAUGGACUCGUUCCGCAUCCUGCUCUACUCCCUCAUCUUCCUGCUCAGCGUCUUCGGCAACCUGCUCAUCAUCGUGGUCCUGGUGCUGAACAAGCGCAUGCGCACCGUCACCAACUCCUUCCUGCUGUCGCUGGCGGUCAGCGACCUCAUGCUGGCUGUCUUCUGCAUGCCCUUCACGCUCAUCCCCAACAUCCUGGAGGACUUCAUCUUCGGCGGCGCCAUGUGCAAGACCGUCUCCUACUUCAUGGGGAUCUCCAUCAGCAUCUCCACCUUCAGCCUCGUGGCCAUCGCCAUCGAGAGAUACAGCGCCAUCUGUAACCCGCUGAAGUCCCGGGCCUGGCAGACGCGAUCCCACGCCUACCGCGUCAUCGCCGCCACCUGGGUGGUGUCGCUGCUAAUCAUGGUGCCCUACCCGGUGUUCAGCGUCCUCAAGCCGUUCCCAAAGGGCAACGGCACCGUUGGCCACAUGUGUCGCCUGGACUGGCCCAGCACGGAAGCUGAGCAGACCUGGUAUGUGCUGCUGCUGUUCACUCUGUUCUUCGUCCCAGGAGUGGUGAUGAUUGUAGCCUACGGUCUGAUCUCCAGAGAGCUCUUCCGAGGCAUGCAGUUUGAGCUGGGCCAGAACAGAGAGACCACCGGCCAGAAGAACGGUGUGGCAAAGGCUGCCGCCGGAUCCAAUGACGACGACGACGGCUGCUACAUCCAGGUGUCCAAAAAGCCCUCCUCCGCCGUGGAGCUCCCCACCCUGUCGGCCUCGUCUGCAGCCGCCCAGGCCAAGACUGAGCGCGCCCGCAGCAACGUCUCGGAGGCCAAGCUGCAGGCCAAGAAGCGGGUCAUCCGCAUGCUGAUGGUGAUCGUGGCGCUCUUCUUCAUCUGCUGGAUGCCCCUGUUCUCGGCCAACACCUGGAAGGCCUUCGACCUGCAGUCGGCCUCCAGAGCCCUCACGGGAGCGCCCAUCUCCUUCAUCCACCUGCUGUCCUACACCUCGGCCUGCGUCAACCCCAUCAUCUACUGCUUCAUGAACAUGCGCUUCCGCAAGGCCCUGCUGUCCACCUUCGCCUGCUGCUGCCGCAACCGGCUCGGUCGCUGGUGGUGCAGGAGGAAGGACGGGAGCGAAGACGGCAUCACCGCCACCUCCAUGGCCACGUCGAUGGCCACCUCCAUGUCCAAGUUCAGCUACACCACCGUCAGCACCACCGGCACCUGCUGAGCCCCCGUGGCGGAGCUGGUCGCAAUCAGUGGCUGCCGUGCGCACCAUCUGUUUUUAUUUGAUUUUUUUUUCACUCUUCAUCUUAGUAUGCCAUGAGUCACCCGCUGAGUAAUAUCCCUCCCCUCGUUCAUG